AUGACGCAAAGGCGGGCGGCGCCGGGGGCCACGCUGGGCUGCGGGCCGUGUACUGGUCCGUACUGGGGCGCACUGGGCGGCCCCGCCGGGCAGCGGCAGCCGCGGCUGUGUCUGUCCCGCGCAGAAAGCGAAGCCCAGCGGCUCCGGCAGCAGAUCGAAGCAGGACAAGUCCCGAACGCCGGGCCGGGCCGAGCCGCGGCAGUCCAAGAAGGGAGCCUCCCGAGGCUCCGGGCGGACCGAGCCCGCCGUGUCCCCGGACACCGAGCCCCGGGAGCCGCUGGACGUGGGGCCCAUCCUGGACGAGCUCCUGGAGCGGGUCCUGACCGAGAGCGCGCAGGCGGCCGUGGCUCGGCAGGUGAGAGACCCCUCGCCGAUUUGGGGAGGUUUUGGGGGGUUGCGGGCGGGCUCUCAGCGCUGUGCCCGCAGCGGGUGCCCUUCGCGGUGUCGCGGGCGCGGGAUGCCAUGCUGUUUGUCGCGGAGUGGCGCUUCCUGGUGAGGGACGACGAGGACCCGGACCUCGAGGGGGACCCGGACCCCGAGCGGGACGGAGUCUGGAAGGAGGACGAGGAGCCCCCAGCCCACCUGUGGGACUCGUGGACACCGGGCGUUGUCCCCGUCGUGGACGUCUCUCUGCCCUCGGAAGAGGACCUGCCCGAGGAUCUCUCCGUGGCAGCCGAAAUUCCGCCCGUGCGUCCCGGCGAGGUCCCCGGCGCUGCUCCCGCCCGGGGUGUCCCUGCGUCCCCCGGGCAGGUCCCGUCCGGAGAUGUCCCCGUGGCAGCUCACGCUGAAGGUCCCCUCGGCCAGGACACCGCCCUGGGUGUCCCUGUGCCCCCGGGCCAGCCCCGCUCCGCAGCCGCCGCAGCUCCUCCGAGGCCACGACAGCCCCGCCGCAAGCCAACCAUGGCUCCCCAGCCCCCCAGGAGGGGCCGCCAACCCUCCCGAGCCCCCGAGAGGAGCCUCCGACCCUCCCGGCCCCCGCCGGCCGCGCCCCGGCCCCCGGCUCCGCCACCGGCCGCGCCCUCGGAGCCCGCGGCACCGGCAGCGCAGGAGCCCCGCGAGGUCACGGCGAAGGUCGGCGACCAAGAGGCACGGCCGCCAUCCUCCUCCUCCCUCUCCAGCGUGCCGUCCAUCCAGCCGCGCAGAGCCUCCCGCAGCCCCGGCGUGCCCAGGCUCGGUGCCCGGCGCGGUGCCACCCGCUGGGUGCUGCCCGAGGUCAAGGUGGUGGACGCGAGCGGCGAGCCCGAGCGGGGCCGGGCGGGAGCCUCGCGGAGCUGGUUACUCCUGCCGGGAUCCGUGCAGGUGCUCCCGGGAGCCGGGCGGGUCCCCAGGGCCGAGCCGCAGCUCUGUGACCCCUGGCUGGCCUCGGUCCGCCUGGCACCCGGUGUCACCGUGCGCUGGGGCGGCAGCGAGCGCCGCGGGCCGGCCCUGGCGGGGCACGGCGACGACGAGCAGGGGGACGAGGCCUUGAGGAAGGCGGAGGACGACCUGAAGCCCAUCCUGCCCUACCCGGAGUGCCGGCUCUCGGAGUACAAAGAGUCAGAGGAGGAGCCGGAAAACGCGCUGGGAGCGCGGCAGCUCCCGGGGGCUGUCCCGGCUCCGGAGGGAUCCUCGUCGCCCCGGGUCUCGCCGGUCCCGGGGCUGGCACCGGGCGUGGCACCGUGGGACGCUCCCGGAGCUCGGGGCUCUACGCUAGCGCUCCCGAAAAGAACAGAAGUAAAUAAAAAGAUUUAAAAUGAGUUUUGCGGAGCCGGCCGGGGAGCACCGGGCGCUGCGCCCGCGGUGCCACCAGCGCCCGGACCCGCACGCGGCUGGUCCCCGCAGCCCCUUUGUCCCCAAAAGAGGAAUAAGGGCGAUGUGACACGCGUGGCUUCGCCCCGGGAGAUGCCGUCCUGGGGAACGGAGCCGGCCCGGAGCCUCCUCUGCCUUCCCGGGCGCAGUUCGGUGU